CAUCACUUCCUCCGCGUCCUGCCGUUUCUCAAGCGCUGUGUUGGCUGAGCUUCAAUGCAGUCAGACCAUGAUUCCCAUUCGAGAGAGAGAGAGAGCAUGAAGACCCUGGCAUUGAUCAGAGGACCCAGAUUCUCGUGUGCGGGAUUAAAUGCGUGAUUUCCACCCCUUGCGAGGACGUUUUUUCCAUCCUUUUGAGAAGCGCUGAAUAUUCGCUGUGUUUUCUGGAGGUUUUGCUUGUUGGCGUCAGUUUCCGCAUAUUUAAUUCCUUCGGACGGUUUUUAUCCCUGUUCUCACGGAUUUAAGGGUUUUCCACCUUUUUCAUGCCGAUCUGAAGGCGACUCGUUCUGACUGGAAUUAAAUCAGGAUUGAGUUGUGUUUCUGAGACAUGGCCGGCUCCGUCUCCGUCGACUCGAGGGCUGAAGCAGCCCAACACCAGCAGCAGAAGGAGCUGGUCUGAGGACGAACAGAUCUGCAGUCACACAUUUGUGAGGAUUACUCCUCUGACAUGCUUCGUGUGAGAAUGAUCCUUCGGGUCAUCUCUGUGGUUUGGGGAUUGUCGCUCGUCGUUUGUCAGCAAGCACAGUUCACCACCGUCAGCACAAACUACGGGAAGCUGCGUGGCUUGCGUGUGGCUCUGGCCAGUGAGAUCCUGGGCCCCGUGGAGCAGUAUCUGGGCGUCCCGUAUGCGAUGGCCCCGACUGGAGAGCGGCGGUUUCAGGCCCCGGAGCCGCCGGCGUCGUGGCCCGGCAUCAGGAACGCCACACAGUUCGCUCCGGUGUGUCCGCAGUAUCUGGAGGACCGGCUGCUGCUCACAGACAUGUUACCGGUGUGGUUUACCGCAAACCUGGACACGGUCGCGACGUACGUACACGAGCAGAGCGAAGACUGUCUGUUCCUCAACAUCUACGUGCCCACGGAGGAAGAAGCACAUGAAGACACGGGCUUGAAGCCGGUCAUGGUUUACAUUCACGGCGGCUCAUACGUGGAGGGAACGGGGAACAUGAUGGACGGCAGCGUCCUGGCCAGCUACGGUCACGUGAUCGUCGUGACCGUAAACUACCGGCUCGGGGUGCUGGGUUUCCUCAGCACUGGUGAUCAAGCAGCCAAAGGGAACUACGGUCUGCUGGAUCAGAUCCAGGCUCUGCGCUGGGUGAAGGAGAACAUUCAGGCUUUCAAUGGCGAUCCGGAGCGAGUGACCAUCUUCGGCUCUGGAGCAGGAGCCUCCUGCGUCAGUCUGCUGACCCUCUCACACUACUCUGAAGAUCUGUUUCAGAAAGCUAUCAUCCAGAGUGGGACGGCUCUCUCCAGCUGGGCCGUCAACUACCAGCCGGCCAAGUACACACGCAUGCUGGCCGAGAAGGUGGGCUGCAACGAAGACGACACUGUCGAGCUGAUCGAGUGCCUCCAAAACAAAAACUACAAGGAGCUGAUUGAGCAGAACAUCACCCCCUCUAAAUACCAUAUCGCCUUCGGACCCGUGAUCGAUGGAGAUGUCAUUCCGGAUGACCCACAGAUCCUCAUGGAACAGGGAGAGUUCCUCAACUAUGAUAUAAUGCUAGGAGUAAACCAGGGUGAAGGCUACAAGUUCGUAGACGGGAUCUUAGACAGCGAGGAUAGAAUAACAAGCAAUGACUUUGAGUUUGCCAUAUCAGAAUUUGUCGACCAUUUGUACGGCUAUCCAGAAGGAAAGGACACCCUGCGGGAAACCAUAAAGUUCAUGUACACAGACUGGGCCGAUAGGGAAAACCCAGAAAUGCGACGAAAAACACUGGUUGCACUUUUCACAGAUCACCAGUGGGUGGCGCCGGCCAUUGCGACGGCAGACCUGCAUGCGCAGUACGGAUCGCCAACAUACUUUUACGCCUUUUAUCACCACUGCCAGAGUGACAUGAAGCCUGCCUGGGCUGAUUCGGCGCACGGAGACGAACUUCCAUACGUUUUCGGCAUCCCCAUGAUCGGCCCCACGGAUCUCUUCAACUGCAACUUCUCCAAGAAUGACAUCAUGUUGAGUGCCGUGGUCAUGACAUACUGGACGAACUUCGCCAAAACUGGGUGA